GGCCGCUUGAGGUUGACGCCGUCGCCGUUGACAGUUGACGCGUUGAAGUAUUGACGUGUAUCGUUUUCUGAAGAGGUUAAAAAAGUUAAAAUUUGAAAACGGACACGUCUCAUUAUUAUAAUUUACUAACCGGGACUCUCUGAUACAAAUACCAAACAUGAGGGCCCCCUGGUGCAUCCUAGCGAUGCUCCUGUACACAUUCUGCGGUGUGACGGACACGCAGAAGAGGCCUGGCACCACCCUUGCAGAGAGGGUGCAGCAGCUCACCGAUAUGUCCAAUAAAAGGGCUGUGCUCAGGUUCAACGCCAACAAGUUCAGAGAUUUCGUCAAGGCGACGCCUAGGAACUACUCUGUUGUCAUCAUGUUCACGGCAAUGGCCCCACAAAGACAGUGUCAAGUCUGUAGACAUGCCAGUGAUGAGUACACAAUUGUUGCCAACUCCUUCAGGUAUUCACAGUCAUACUCCAACAAACUGUUCUUUGCUGUAGUAGACUUUGAUGAAGGCUCUGAUGUCUUCCAGAUGCUGAGAUUGAAUACAGCACCGGUUUUCAUACAUUUUCCACCUAAAGGAAAGCCAAAGAAUGCUGACACUAUGGACAUACAAAGAAUUGGUUUUGCAGCAGAAACUCUUGCCAAAUGGAUAGCAGAAAGAACAGAUGUACAGAUCAGAGUGUUCAGACCUCCCAAUUACUCAGGAACACUUGCCUUGAUUGUGCUUUUUGGCAUUGUUGCUGCCUUCUUAUAUUUGAGAAGGAAUAAUUUGGAAUUUUUGUACAACAAGAAUAUGUGGGGCAUGGGAGCAUUGUUCUUCUGCUUUGCUAUGACUUCUGGACAGAUGUGGAACCAUAUCCGUGGGCCUCCUUUCAUCCACAAGAAUCAGAAUGGGCAGAUUGCCUAUGUCCAUGGGUCAUCACAAGGGCAGUUCGUUCUGGAGACCUAUAUUGUGAUGUUUUUGAAUGCUGCUGUUGUUUUGGGGAUGAUUUUGCUUACUGAGGCUGCCAGGGGAAAGGGGGACCCAAAAAAACGUAAAAUUUUUGCUGUUGCAGGUUUGAUCUUAGUUUCAGUUUUCUUCUCUCUAUUGUUGUCUGUUUUCAGGACAAAGACACAGGGGUAUCCCUAUAGUUUCUUGUUCAAAUAGAUGAGCUAUGUUUGUGUACUUUCAAUGAGUUUUCACUCCUGUAAAAGAAGUGUAUAUUCAACUGUUUGACUUAUUUAAAUAAAUUUUGUUGAAUAA